AAACGGACCCUCUUUCUCUCUCUCUCUCUCUCUCCCCGUUCGUUCUCUAAAUUUUUGACUCUUUUCACUGGUCACGUUUCUUCGUUUCAUGUAUACUAUUUUAAUAAUAUUUUUAAAACUUUUUUCUUUUAAUAUACUUCAGUAAAUUUAAGUGUCAUUGCUUUUCCAUUGUUUUUUUCCUCUGUAACGGUUUUUUAGAACAGUAGAUCAGGGAUUUUUCUCUCUUUUCUUCAAUCUUCUUUCCAUUUGCGAAAUUCCGAGAAUUCUUUCAACAAAGACAACGUGGAAUCGGUUGAAUUUUCUCUAAUCCAAAUCCUUUUUCUUUUAUUCUCUUUUUUGUUUCCUACUCAUCAACAUCCGCCAUUCACUGCGUAGUCUCGGGAGAUUGUAACAAAACAAAAAUUCCAAAUCCUCUAGCAUUGUUUUCAAAAAAAUUCUUUCCCUUUUUUUUUGGAAUUUUGAAUUUCCUUGAAGAAAAAGAAAAUUGAGAACGGGGUGAAAUGAAACAUUUGGCGAGUUCGGAACGUACUUUGGUUUGCAACUCUUGAUUUUUGUUGAAAAGAGUUGAGUGAUGGGCUGCGUCUACUCGAGAGCUUGCAUCGGCGAGAUUUGCGUGCCGAGAGAUGCAAGAAUCAAAGACCCGCAAAGCGCAAGGCCAAACGCGGCAGAGAUUGCCGUUUUCUCACCCGCAUCUUCGAACGAAGACGAAGAAACCAGAGACCAAAUCCACUCUCAGUUAAGCUUAAACCGACCCGGUGACCCGGAGCUUGGCAUCACGCGCCUCUCGAGGGUUUCGGCUCAGUUCCUUCCGCCGGACGGCUCCCGAACCGUUAAAGUUCCGUCGGCCAAUUACGAGCUUAAGUAUUCUUACUUAUCUCAAAGAGGUUAUUAUCCAGAUGCUUUAGAUAAAGCUAAUCAAGACAGUUUUUGUAUCCACACUCCGUUUGGAACCAAUCCCGACGAUCAUUUCUUCGGCGUUUUCGACGGCCACGGUGAAUUUGGAGCUCAAUGUUCGCAAUUCGUCAAGAGAAAAUUAUGCGAAAAUUUAUUAAGAAAUAAUAAAUUCCACGUCGACGCCAUCGAAGCUUGCCAUGCCGCGUAUUUGACGACGAACACACAGUUACAGGCCGAUAAUUUGGAUGAUAGCAUGAGCGGGACGACGGCUAUAACGGUUUUAGUUCGUGGUCGGACGAUAUACGUGGCGAAUUCUGGUGAUUCGAGAGCGGUUAUAGCGGAAAAAAGAGGGAAAGACAUUGUGGCCGUUGAUUUGUCAAUUGAUCAGACACCGUUUCGAGUUGAUGAGCUGGAGAGAGUGAAACUUUGUGGAGCGAGAGUGCUUACAUUGGAUCAAAUUGAAGGGUUGAAGAAUCCGGAUGUGCAGUGUUGGGGAACGGAGGAAGGGGAUGAUGGUGAUCCUCCGAGGCUUUGGGUGCCGAAUGGAAUGUAUCCUGGGACGGCUUUUACGAGGAGUAUUGGGGAUUCGAUUGCUGAGACAAUUGGGGUUGUGGCGAAUCCGGAGAUUGUUGUGUUGGAGCUUACUGAAGAUCAUCCUUUCUUUGUGCUUGCUAGUGAUGGGGUUUUCGAAUUCCUUUCUAGUCAAACUGUGGUUGACAUGAUUGCAAAAUACAAGGAUCCUCGUGAUGCUUGUGCUGCAAUUGUGGCUGAAUCUUAUCGACUUUGGCUUCAGUAUGAAACCCGUACUGAUGAUAUCACUGUGAUUGUUGUGCAUAUUAAUGGAUUAGCUGGUACUGUUGAUGGUGAAUCAGCUAAACCUGCUACUAUUUUACGGCCUCCUGUUCCUCAAGUGUUAGAGGUGACAGGAUCAGAAUCUCCUUCAACCCUUAGCUGGAGCUCUAGGAACCACCGAGCAAGGCAUGACUUAUCACGUGCUCGUCUUCGUGCUAUUGAGAGUUCAUUGGAGAAUGGGCAAGUCUGGGUUCCUCCACCUCCAGCACACAGGAAAACUUGGGAAGAAGAGGCACAUAUAGAGCGGGCUUUGCAUGACCAUUUCCUCUUCAGAAAACUUACUGAUUCGCAGUGUCAUGUUUUGUUGGAUUGCAUGCAAAGAGUUGAGGUCCAACCAGGGGAUAUUGUGGUUAAACAGGGUGGUGAAGGUGACUGCUUUUAUGUUGUUGGAAGUGGAGAAUUUGAGGUCUUGGCAACUCAGGAAGAUAAAAAUGGAGAGGUGCCAAGGGUUUUGCAGCGGUAUACAGCUGAGAAGUUAUCAUCAUUUGGGGAGCUGGCACUGAUGUACAAUAAGCCUCUCCAAGCCUCUGUGCGUGCUGUGACAAGUGGAACUCUUUGGGCGCUAAAGCGAGAAGAUUUUCGUGGAAUUCUGAUGUCUGAGUUUUCUAAUUUGUCAUCCUUGAAGUUGCUUCGCUCUGUGGAUCUUCUAUCAAGGUUGACAAUCUUACAGCUGAGUCAUGUUGCAGAUUCUCUUUUUGAGGUUUCCUUCUCUAAUGGGCAGGCCAUAGUUAAUAGGAAUGAGGGCCUCUCUGCAUUGUACAUUAUCCAGAAGGGCCAAGUGAGGAUUAAUUUUGAUGUGGAUUUGUUAAGCAGUCCUAAUGUCUGCAGCCUGAAGUCUGAUAAUCCCAAAGAGGACAAGGAUCAACAGACUGGCAGAGAACUGUCUGUUGAAAAGAUGGAAGGAAGCUAUUUUGGGGAAUGGACACUUCUUGGUGAACAGAUGGGCUCUUUAAGUGCAGUUGCAGUGGGUAAUGUCACAUGUGCUGUUUUGACGAAGGAGAAGUUUGAUUCAGUCGCUGGUCACUUGACAAAGCUUUCCCAGGAUGAUCAGAAAUCUAGAGACUAUUCUCCAGAUAUGCCCAAAGAUUCUGUCAAAGAAAUUGAUAUGUCAACUCUUGCUAAAGUGAGCCUCUCUCAAUUGGAGUGGAGAACUAGUUUAUAUUCCACCGACUGUAGUGAGAUUGGGCUUGUAUUCCUAAGAGACUCAGAAAAUUUGCUUAGUUUGAAGAGGUUUUCAAAGCAGAAGGUUAAAAAACUAGGAAAAGAAGCACAAGUUUUAAAGGAGAAGGAUCUGAUGAAGAGUAUGAGUUCUGCAGCUUGUAUGCCGGAGGUGCUAUGCACUUGUGCUGAUCAAAUGCAUGCUGGAAUUCUAUUGAAUACAUGCCUUGCCUGCCCUUUGGCUUCAAUACUUCACACCCCUCUAGAUGAACAAUCGGCACGGUUCUGUGCUGCCUCUGUCAUAACUGCCUUAGAAGAUCUACAUGAGAAUGGUGUCCUUUACAGAGGUGUUUCUCCAGAUGUUUUAAUGUUGGACAAAACGGGCCAUUUACAGCUAGUCGACUUCAGAUUUGGGAAGAAGUUAUCUAGUGAGAGAACAUUUACAAUUUGUGGAAUGGCAGACUCUUUAGCACCAGAGAUAGUUAAGGGCAAGGGCCAUGGUCUUCCUGCCGACUGGUGGGCACUAGGAGUCCUGAUCUAUUUCUUGCUGCAAGGUGAAAUGCCGUUUGGAUCUUGGAGAGAAAGCGAGCUUGAUACAUUUGCAAAGAUUGCAAAAGGACAGUUUAUUCUUUCACAAAAUUUAAGCUCUGAAGUUGUUGAUCUAAUCACUAAGUUACUUGAAGUUGAUGAAAAUAUAAGACUAGGAAGCCAUGGUCCCACUUCUGUUAAAAGGCAUCCGUGGUUUGAUGGGGUUGACUGGGAAGGGAUCAGAGACCGGAGUUUUCCUGUUCCUCACGAGUUAACUUCUCGUAUAACUCAACAUUUGGAAAUUCAUUCUGAGGAUUGCCCUGUUGCUGUUGCUUCCCCACCUCAAGACAUAGUAGAGCUAAAUGCUCCAGAAUGGAUUGAUGAGUGGUAGAAGAAUGAUGUAUAUGGUUUUCUAUCUUUCUACCUUUUGCAAACGCAUUGCAAGUGAAGUUCCAUUCUGUUUGGUGAGAUUGACUACUCGAGUUUCGGAAACUGGAGCAGAGAAAUCAUUUCAGAAAUUCAAGUGUAAAGUUGCAGGCCUUAGAUUGCUCAUGAUUCUGUGAUUUUUUUUUUUGAUGCCGUGAAUUCAGAAUAGCAUGGGAAGAAUAUCUCAGUUAGGUGAUAGUGCUCUGUUGCGAAAUUAGCCAUCUAACCAAUUCAGUGGAUAGCUCAGUUAAUAGGUUUUUGAUUCUAAAAUCUUCAAUUUUUUACAUAUUUCCCACUUUUGUAAAUAGGUAAAUAUGUAAAUGAGGGUUCCUUGGUACUUCAAGCUUUCCACGUUACUUUUGAUGUGGCAGUAGAUCGUUUAAUUGAUUGACUCUGGGCAGUUUGGGUCGAUCGUAGAUGUACGGCAUAUGGUAUGUUGUUUAAUAGCUAGUCUAUGAUUGACCUCUGUAAUUCAUAUUGCAAAGUUAUUCGACCAUUUAGAUUUCUGAUCCCUUUUAAUUA